GAUCUCCAAUUCUCAGUCAGUGCUUGGGAGGUUUUGUUUGUGGGAGAACGUGGGAGCUUCAAAAUGGACCAAAUCGCUACAGAUUUAAAAGCCAAAAAUGAACAGCUCACAAAGGAAAUUGAUCAUCUUAAAACCAUGCUCUCCCUGAUGAAGGAAAAAACGGACCUGGGAGACAGGACGCAGGCUUGCAACAGUGGCAGCGUGGAUGAAAGCACAGCUCAAGGAGCAAAAUCAAAAUGUCACUUCCAAAGGCACUUAGAGGAAGGACAAUUCAGGAGAGACUUGCAGCAGCCCACAUCCAGACAAGAGCAGCGAACAUCUUCUCCCACCAACUUCAGAAGCUUCCUCCAAACCUCUGCAUUCAGAGACACAGAUGAGUCAGAAGUCUUCCCAAACUUCCUGAAUACUUCUUUAGAUCCAUCAGGUCCAUCAAGGCUGCUUGGAGAGAUUGCCUUUCAACUGGACAAGAGGAUUUUGAUGCAUAUCUUCCAGGCUCAAAAGAGGCUUUAUGGCUUCACUCUGCUCAACAUACGAGAAAAGAUCAUAGAGGUUAGCACACACCCAGUGACGGGUAACGUGGACAAAGGCUAUCAGCUGUACCUCACACAGAGGUACACGACCCUCAUGAACAGACUGAGCCAACUUGGGUACAAAGCAGCUCUCCACCCACUUUUCUCAGAAUUUGUUGUCAACACCUACGGGAACCUGAAAGAAAGACCCAAUGAAAACAGCCUCCAUUUGGUCACUCCGAACUCCGUGAAGAAGGUGAUACUCAGCACUGCACCAAAGAAGCUGCAGAAGGACCUGCUGCUUCUGCUCAACUGUCUGUGUUACAUGGCAGAGGACGACAAAAAGCCUCUAUUCUUCUGCUAGUCACCACUGGUUACAAGGCAGUGACCUGAAAGACUCACAAUAAAACAUUGUGGAGUUAUCUCAAAAGAUGAA